CAUCAGCCGUUGGCUCUUCCUCUUCUUUCCCUGGGUUGUCCAUCCCUCCCGUGACAGCUCCUCCUCCAGUAUUUCUCUGUCCUCCAGGGAUGAUUCAAUGCCAAGAUCUUUCAGUGUAGAGUAUGCUGCUAGGAGCGAGGGGAAGAGUUUUGUGCCACCGUUCAUGAAGAGUUUCAGCUGGGCUUUAAUGUUUUUUUUCUUUUAGCUUCUCUCUGACCUUUUUCCUUUUCUUCUGCAAGUCAGCAGCUACACCUGGGCUCAUUUCUGUUUAGCUGUGAGCCCUUCCUGGAGGGAAGCUGAGCUACUGCUGCCAACAACAUCAGGUUCCCCUUCAGUGGAUCACACACCUGGAUCCACUCCGGCCACAUGCAGAACAAAGACUGAACUAAACACAGGAACAACAGAGACUGGUGAAACCCCUGAAUCCCAGUAGGCCCAGUAUGAACCCAUCUUCAUGAUGAGCUGCUAGGAAGGAGGCGUUGUCUCUGAAAGCAGCCAAAGACCUGAACUGUGACGUUCAGGAAGUAGCAGAUAAAACAGCUUAAAGUAGGAAGUGUUCAGAGUUUGGAGCCACAUCCUGAUCACAUCAAGAGACGAAGCUUCACUCCACAUCCAGAGGAAACAUGGACCAAACAGCUCUGAUGCUGCUUCUGUGUCUCUGCAGCUCAGCGCUGUCUGAUGAACUCAGACUGGUAGCAGGAAGGAGUCGCUGUGUUGGCAGACUGGAGAAGAAGGAUCUGGGAGACUGGGAACCAGUGACUGAUUGGAACUGGAACUUUACAUCAGCAGCUGGAGCUUGCAGACAGCUCCACUGUGGAUCUGUGGUGUCGUUACAAAGAGAUGAGGACGACAAUGUAGAGAUCGUCUGUUCAGACUCAGUCAGGCUGGUUCAAGGGACCAACCGGUGCUCAGGCAGACUGGAGGUGAAGACCGACCAGUCGUGGUCCUCAGUGUGUGAAAAAGACUUUGACCUGCAGGAUGCAGAGGUGGUCUGCAGGGAGAUUGGCUGUGGGCCUCCUUCAGUCCACCAGGGGGCGCUCUAUGGAGAAGCAGAGGCUCCAGUGGGGAGCAGAGAGUUCCUGUGUGAAGGCAGUGAGUCUGCUCUGCUGAACUGCAGCAGCAGGAAGAGUUCAGGUAGAAACAGCUGCUCACCUGGUCAAGCUGUUGGACUCACCUGUUCAGAUCAAGAAAACUUCAGGUUGGUGGGAGAGGCCAGCCGAUGUGCCGGGAGACUGGAGAUGUUACAACAAGAAGAGUGGAGACCAGUGGAUGUUAUGGAUGGUUACUGGAACAUGAACUCAGCUGCUGCAGUUUGUGCUGGACUGGACUGUGGUUCUGCUGUUUCAGCAAGAAAUUCAAAGGAAGCUUCAGAGAGACCAGUUUGGAGGAUCUGGUCUGGCUGUUUCCUGUCAGGAUCUGCAUUGAAGAAAUGUUUACCUUAUGGUGAAAACAGUUAUCAGAGCCACGAGCUCAUCUGCUCAGGUCUACUGGUUGAGCCGCUCAUCUUCCUCUCUUCCUCCACUGACGGGGUCUCCACAGGCAGAAAGCAGGGGUCUGAGCUCCUCAUUGGCUCAAAUUUCAGCAUCAUCUGCUCCAUCAGACCUCAGUAUGAAGGCGGCUCCUUCCAGCUCAUCUUCAGCACCUCUAACUACACUCAGAACCAGACCCUGCCAGCUGUUAAUCACUCCGCCCUCUUCCUGUUCUCUGCUGCUGGCCACGCCCACCAAGGAACCUACCGCUGCGUUUACCACGUCUACGUUUUCUCCUAUAACUUCUCCUCUAUGAGCCAGCCUCUCAACCUCACUGUCUCAGGCAAAGUCAUGGAGUCCAUGAGGAAAAGUUCUGCUUCAGUUUCAGCCUCUCCCACUGCUUUGAUCAUCAGUCUGGUUGUCGUCCUGCUGGGUAUGCUGGGAUCAGUCCUGGUCCUCUACUUUAAGGCCAGAAGAAACCAGAAGUCUGGACCAGAAAACAACCAUCAUGACGAAGGAUCCAGAGCUGAAGGCAGCUUAAAGGAGGAGACUGCAGUCUGAAGGAGCCAGGAAGGAGCAGAGACAUGUUUCAGACUCCUGGAAAUCUAUCCGUCUAUGUAUCUAUGAUAAAAUGUCUCUGUGCUCCUGCAGCAGGAAGGAAGUUCAAUAUUCAGAAAUUUGUAUCUGGACUAAACCUACUUAAGUAAAACUUAUAUAACAAGGGAACACAAAACA